CUGGCAGUGGAGUUCAGAUCCGGCGACGUGCUCGAAAAGGGACAUUUGGAAUAAAGGGGAUAGCAGAAUAAUGCCAAACUUCUUUGAGUUAUUUUAGUGAACUGAGCACUGCAUUUCCCCACAUAGUACGUGCUGUAACGUCUUAACCUAUAAGAUGCCUUUUCCACCUAUAAAUCUCCAUUCACGGAUAUCGUCGCCGGGAAAAGAACUCUUCAGGAAAAAGAAAACCAGCACCGAUAUUGUGCCUCCUCAGUCUUUUCUCGGUCAUAAAUCAAGGGACGAAAAGGAAAUCGAGAGAGAAAAACUGUCUACAUCAUGGCCUUCCACCGGUUUGAAACAGAUGGGUCGAAAACCGCAGCAACAAGCGACUAAAGUCCCUACAGAAAGUUCAGUUCCAAACCUUGAGACGGACAGCAAGAAUUCGUGGCUUAAUUUAAGCAAACCCUUAGCCAGCUCGUGCGAUAGUGUCCCGCGCUCGAGCUCUGGAGAGUCCGCGGCGCAUCGCAGAUACUCUUCUCGGAAUUCUCUCGGUAAAGAAGAGGUGGAACAGGAGGUUCAGUUCUCGCUUAGUCUUACACCCGAAGCCAUUCUAGUCAUUCAGAAACGUAACCUUGAAAAACAGAUGAUGGCUAAACAGCAGAAAUGUUGCGCGUCUGCGGACCUUAGACAUCGCCGGGUUUUUCCCGCAAAGAGAGCGCAGAAUAGUUCAAAGAACGCGACACCUGUUGCGAAACUGGACAAUGCAAACGACAUCAGUACGAUUGUAAAGAUCUCCCUUCUCAAUGACCAGUACAAAUACGACGACGUCGAGUAUGAGGAGGAAGAUGGGGAUGUGGAUGAGACCGUGAUGAGGAAAUGUAAAGAAUGGCUCAAAGGUGUGGAGAGCGCCGCAGCUUUUGGUAAAGUUGACAAACUCUCAUCUCUCCCGCAUCUGAAAAGCUGCUGACUUUGCGCUGUUUGACUCAAACACAACAAGAAGACACACUGUGAAAACCUCGGACAAACAAGCAAAAUCACCUGUGAGGAAAUGUUCCUCGGGCCACACACACUGUCACCUUAACGGAGUAGAAUGUGAUCUGCACCGGUGUAGUCUACUGAUACGGCACUGCGUUGUUCGUCUUAGUGACUUCUCACUGUCAUUUGCAACGAUGCCGCAUGGUUCUUUUUAGUCUUUUGCACUUGGCUUUGGUUUGCACUCAGGAACGUUUAAUUCUGUGCGUUUAAAGUAUUUGCGCACGCAAUGGAGAAACGAUUGGUAGAGGAAGGGAAUGUCAACCAAUGGAUUACGAAGUAUACAGUGACAUCCUAUUGCCGCGAUGUUUUCUUUGUGCGAGAAGACAAUAGCUGUCAAAGACAAUGUCUGCCUCCGUGAGAAUGAGCUUCAUGACCAAGGACUUGCAAGUUUGUACGAAAUAUGCUCGAAGGAAAUGCGUUAAAAGAAAAAACAGCUUUGUACAGUAUUUAUUUUAAAAUGCUAAGUUGUAUAUGUCUUGUGUUCGAUAUAUUGUCAUUUUUAAAGGGUUUUGAAAAAUAAAAUGUUAAAUUAUUUAA